AUGAAAUUAUUCCAGUACACAUCAGAGAAAGACUCUAAGCUACUGGAAUAUUACAGCACGAUUCCAAAAAAUGCGACCUCCACCUCAGCAGCAAUGCAUAACGAAAUCAUCGAAUUGUUGAAAAGACACGCUGUCAGCCUCGUGGUCGAUGAAAUAAAAUGUUUCGAUGUUCCUAAUUUUACGCUGAAAUGUGACAGAACGCAUGAUUUGAGUAAUACUGAAAAUCUUGCAAUUGUUAUUAGGUACUUGCAAAACGGCAGGAUUCUGGAAAAGUUAGUUGCCAUGCCAACUACUCAACAUUAUGAUGCUGAAACAUUGGCCGACUUGAUGAUUAAGGAAUUAACCAACCUUUGCAGUGACCCAAAGCGUAUGUUGUUACAAUGCUUUGAUGAUGCUUCUGUGAUGUCUGGCAAAAUAGGUGGCGCUCAAAGAAAGAUUCAGAAUCGACUUGAGGAAUAUAUACCUUAUGUUCAUUGUCUUAAUCAUCAGUUGCAUCUUGUUGUGGUUAACACAAUAAAGCGGAUUCCGGAGUUAGCUACGUUCUUUGACACCAUUAAUAUUCUGCAUAAUUUUAUUAAACGGCCAAAGAUAGCUAGUCUCUGGAAAGGAUUGAAGUUGCCACGUCUUAUGGAGCAUAGGUGGUUGGGUCAUUUCACUGCCAUAGAAAAUCACUCCAAAAUUGUUGGUUUGCUAACCGAAUGCACAGAUUCGUCAGAUUCAAAAACGUGUAUAGAGGCAACUGGAAUUUUACAUCAAGUUCGUUCCCCCAAGAUUGCCAAGAGUGAAAUAACCAAACCGAGAAACUCUUUAAUAUUUGAUGAGAUUCUGAAACAAAUGAGUCAGUUUAAUGUUAUUGAGGAACGCAUGUGUCGAAAAGUUGCGGGUCCCAACGUUUUUCAGAUUAUGUUGCUGAAGCCCUGGUACCAUCACGACUGGAUAACUUUUCAUCACAAAAUUUAUUUCGCCAUCAUCGAUGAAAGCUUGGGAGAGCUAGAUAAUAGAUUUUCAGAGCAAAGCGAUAGUCUAUAUUCUUCCUUGGCAAGUCUACUACCAACGUCCGAGACAUUUUUGGAUUUUGAUGCUUUAAAACCUUUGAGCAAUUUAGUUAAUUGUGAUAAAUCUGCCUUACUUUCUGAACUUACUGUGGCAAAAGCAUACAUUUCCAAACAAAUUAUGAUGACACUGCUCGAUAGUUUGGGAUCUUUACGUAUUGCAAAGGAUGCCUUACCAAAUGUUUAUCUUUUGUAUGGUGCAGCAUUAACAUUGGAUCUAGCACAGCUACAUGUGAAUCAUCAUUUUUGA